AUGCUGGAAUCUCUACGGCUGACACUCAUUAUCCCGGAACUUGAAGCCCAGCAGACCGUAUUGGGCUUCUUUGUCAGUUGUCCUUUGCCUCUCAAGGAUUUCCACCUGAAGCCAAAGGAUCUGGAGGAUUACACUAAGCCAUCGGGAAUACAUGUCGCGAAUGAGGUCGCGAAUGAGGUCGCUGCUGUACCUUGGGCGUCGGAAGUUCUGGUGGAAUACGAGCAACAAAUUUGCCAUGCUCUGACGGACUGGACGAUUAUCAGCGCUUGGGAUUAUGAGGUUAUGGCGGUUGUCCCCAUGCUCAGCGUCUGUCCCGAGCUUGUGAGCCUGGCGUUACCCAGGAUGGUCCACCUGUUCAACAUCGACCAAGCCGCUACACCCAUUUUCUGUCAUUCCCCUAAGAUUCGGAGACUGAAGCAAUAG